GCUCUAGAUCUCUUUCAUCUCUAUCUCUUUCUUUCAACUUCAUUUUUGAGCACUACAAUUUUGUUUCUAGCAAAAAUAACUAGCGUUUUACAAAAGAAUUUGAGAGCUUAAUUUUUUUGGCAGUAACUAGAAGGCAUAGUUGUGUUUGGGUGGUAGUAUAAGAGAUUUGCGAUGGGAGAUAUCUGCUAUGGUGUGGUGAGUAAGAAGGGGAAGUCACCACCGUGCGAAUCGAGUCAGCGAGCGGCGAGGCUUCGGCGAAUAGAGAUUCGCCGUUGCAAGCCCAGUGUAGCGACGCCUGAGAGAGAGAACGGACAGAAGCGUCAGAAGUUGGAACACACUCCGUCUUCGGAGUUGCUUUCACGUGACUGCGAGAACGCCGUUGAGAACUCUAUUUGGAACGGUGAACAAAUUGGUUCGGGGAACGGAAAAUCGGAGGCAAAGAAGAUCUCUGUUGCAAAACAGUCUUCGAUUAUGCAUCCAAAGUUCGGUUCUGCCUCGGUUUGUGGGAAGAGGAGGGAUAUGGAGGACGCGGUGGCUCUUCAUCCGAACUUUUGGCGGAAAGGAGAUGGAUUACACUACUUCGGCGUUUAUGACGGCCAUGGAUGUUCUCAUGUGGCGACGAAGUGUAAGGAUCGAUUACACGAGCUGGUGAAGGAAGAGUUGGAAAGCCGCGAAGGAUUAACGGACUGGGAGAGCGCGAUGGAGCGAAGCUUCUUUCGCAUGGAUAGAGAGGUGGCUGUACGGGACGCCGACGUUUCAAGCCCAAACUGCCGGUGUAAGCUUCAACCGCCGGCGUGCAACACCGUUGGAUCAACGGCUGUGGUCUCGAUCAUAACGCCUGAUAAGAUUAUCAUCGCAAAUUGCGGUGAUUCUAGAGCAGUUUUAUGUCGAAAUGGCAGCGCUGUCCCUCUCUCGGUCGAUCACAAGCCGAAUCGUCUUGAUGAGCUGAACCGGAUUCAAGCCGCCGGCGGACGAGUAAUCUACUGGGAUGGCCCGCGCGUUCUAGGAGUUCUUGCCAUGUCAAGAGCUAUUGGUGAUGACUAUCUGAAGCCGUAUGUGAUCUGUGAACCUGAGGUGACGAUAGUUGAUCGAACGGCAGGGGAUGAAUUUUUGAUACUGGCCAGCGAUGGACUCUGGGACGUGUUGACCAACGACACGGCCUGCGGCGUUGUUCGAUUGUGCCUGGGUCAUAGGGCAGCCGGCGGAGAAAUUUCCGAAAAAGCGUGCUCGGAUGCUUCCACGCUACUUGCGAGGGUGGCCUUGGCGAGGCAGAGCGCUGACAACGUGAGCGUCGUUGUGAUCAAUCUGAAGAAGAGAUAGUCCUUCACAUUUGUUCAGUUUUUAAUUUGUUAUUAUUUUAGUAGUUUAUUUGUUUUUUUUUUUUUCCUACUUAUUUUUAGAAAUAAAAGUUACUACUUCGGUCCCUUUUUAAUGGUCCA